CGCUACAAGCAGGCCAUGCCGAUGAAUAAUGUAAACAACGGUAUCUGCAGCACACAUACGCUUAGCUAAACAAAACAAGUAAAAAUGACGAAGAUUCAUUCAAGGGAGAUUAUAUGAGCAGCGGACUUCUGCGAUGACAAGGUGGAGGGGGUAAAAAACUGAGAUUUCACCAAAGUCAAAGUGCAGACGAAAUAAGUACGCCGUGUUUACGUUCGCAGUUUGUUGUGGCUGGCUACCAUUGUUUCGGCUUUUCGGUCCGAUAGUGCGAGCUUCGAUGUGCUGUGAAUAGUUGAUGAUUUGAGAGAAACAAAAACAAUUCGCCAUGUCAGAGAGGGGAAGAAAAUUCAGAAGAUCGAGGUUGUCGAGUGGGGAGUCUGACAUAAGCGACUUGUCCAGUUCAUUUUCAUCUCCAUUUUCUUCCGAUGAUGAGGUAGAUGCAAAAGAUUUGAAAUCAAUAAAGGAAUACGUCAACAAUAGAAAAGAAUUGGUCUCCCAAAUGUUCAAGGCAAUGACACAUAAAAGUAUUAGCAGGAUGUUACCCAAUGAAUUAAGGAACAUUGAUUUUGAACAGCUGAAAGAGCUGUGUAUAAAUGAGUUGAUUGGAAUGUCAGGGACCAGGAUCAAAUGUAUUAUUGACAAAAGAGAAAUGUUACAAUCAUCGGAUACUGAUUCUGAUGAUUCUGGUCCCUCACUGGAAAUCGUAUCGGAUACUGAGCUUAUCAGUGAUGAUGACCUUAUAAUUAAGGAAGAAGAACCAAAAAAUACAACAGAUAAAAAAAAGAAAAAGUCUCAAAGUUCAAAGUCAAAAUCCAAAAAGAAUGAAAAAUUAAAUAAAAAUAGCAAAACCAAUAUUAAAAUUAAAAAUGAAAAAAUAAAAAGUGAAAAAAUUAAAACAGAGAAAAAAGACAAAGAAAAAGGAAAAGAAAAAGGAAAAGAUGGUGAAAAUUUACUUGAUUUGCUUGAACUAGAAAUGAGAGCAAGAGCUAUCAGAGCUUUAAUACGUAAAGAAGAAACUACAAGUACUGUUGUAUCUGGACCAACUAAUAAUUCAACUGCAUCAACUUCAUCUGGCUCUAAGACUGUAAUUGAUUCUGCAUCUAAAGUAAGACAGAACCAGUUAAAGGAACAACUUGAAAAAAUUGAUGUAUUGAUGGAGAAACAUGGUGAUGACGAAGAUCUUUUUAUUGUUAUUAAUCCAGCUCCAACAAUUGAACUUAUUUCCAGUGAAGAUGAAAAUGAUUUAAUGGGUGAGAAAGAUAAAAGUUCAAUUAGUUCUAGUAAAAAAGUCAACCAAGAACAAAACGAAAAAAGUAUUACUAAAACAAAUAAUAACGAGAUUGAAGGCAUGCCAGAGAGUUCAAACAACAAUCAAGAUAGCCAAAAAGAAAAAGGAACAGAUAAAACCUCAGAUCCUAAAGAAAAAAUAGAUGCAGAUAUAAAUUUAAACUUACCUAUCAGUGUUACUGAAAGUAUGGAAGUUGAUGGAACCUCUGUAAGUGUAGAAAAACCUAUGGAUUUAGAAGAUGGUGAAAUUUGUGAUGAAGAUGAAAAUGUUCAAGUCACACUUGAUUCUCUGAAAGAUACCCCAAAUGUUGUUUCUAAAACAGAUUCAGAAAAAAUGAAAAAAAUAAACUCUGAAAAAAGAAGUAAUCAAGAUUUGGAAAGUGGGAAAAAAAUUAAGAAAGUAAAAAAAAAUCCUCACAUAAGGUCACCACAAAAAAUCAGUAAAAAAUCAAUGAACUCUGCUGACACUUCCAUUAAAUCAUCAAAAAGUACAAAAAAAAUAAAACAUGAUGAACCAAUAGAAAUUCCAGAUUCCCCUGAAAAUUUAAAAGAGAUCAAAGAGGAGAUUUUUGAUGAUAUGGAACUUGAUAAAGCUCUCGAUAACAUUCAGGAAAUUAUCAAUUUAGAUGAUUAUCCUGAUGAUGAAGAUGAUGAAAACAUGUCAAAUAUAAAUAAUCAAUCAAACAAUACACCUCCAGAGACUGAACAGAAAAAUGAAGAUGAAGGAUCUAUGACUUCUGAAACCUGGGCUACAAGAUAUUAUCAGAAAGAUGAAGUACAAUCUGUGAUAAAGGAAUCAAAGAUGCAAUCAGAAAUUAGAAAAAGGCUUCGAGAACGACAAAGACAGAUAAAACUCAAACCCAAACCUUUGAUUCAGGAAAAUUCUGAACAGAAUUCUGUUCAACCAAUUGGCUCUGUUGAAGAAUAUUUAUCACUAAAGGGUAUAUCGAAUGCUAAAAAUGAAAAAGAUGCAGAAAAUACUCCUGAAAAAGAUUUACCUCUAGAGGAGAAUAAAUCUCUUGAAGAAGUAAGUACGCCAGAGACAGAACAGAGAGAUGAUACUCCAGAGAUAGAAAAAAAAAUUGUGUUUACAAGUAAACCAAUGUUAUCCAUUAGUUCAGAGAAAACGGUUGAUUCUAAAAAUAUUACUGUAGAGACAGUAGCAAAGAUACUUGGAGAUUCAGUAUCAAACGAAAUUCAAACGACCUCCAAUCAACCUUGUGAAAUUGAAAAUUUAAAUGAGGAAAAACCAGUAAAAGUAUAUCCGAGAAUCAUUGAAGAUAUUUAUAUAUCCAAUGUUAAUAUCAAGACUGACUGUACAGAAGAAAUAAAUAAUGAAGUAUCAAAGAUUGAAAGUGAGCAGGACUUAAAGCAAUCUUAAUGGACUAGUGCUAGUAAUAUAAAUUAUAGACUACUAUUAUGGAUAAAUUAAGAAAUUUUUUGUAUAUACUUUUUCGUUUAACUUAUCAAAUGAUUUUAAAAGUUUCAAAUAUUUUGUUGAAUAACAGCCCAAUUAAUAGUACUCAGAUUAAAUUUUCGAGUAGUGAAUAAUUUGUAAAAAGCUUAAUUACAAUAUUGACUAGUAGUUUUCAAUCAUUUGUUUGUGGGCUAUUAAUAUAUUUUUUUCUAUUAUAGUACAAAAAAAUGUGUUAAGAAGUGUAAAUAAUUGUAUUCAUGUACAAUAUGACUCAUGACGCUGAUAGUUCUUGGAGAAUAAAGUAAUAUUUAUUUUAAAACUAA